GGAGGACUUGCAGACGCCCAAGUGGGAUCGUUACUUGGAGACGUUUGCUAAGCCCAAGAGAGAGGACACUGCAGGGGCGGGAGGGGCGGGAAACGAGGCGUUUACCCUCCGGCCACUGAAAGAAGGGUUAUUUCGCCCGCCCGACUCCUAUCAUGAUGUUCCCCGGGCUCCUCGCACCCCCCGCCGGGUACCCUAGCCUCCUGAGGCCCACCCCCACCUUGACGCUGCCCCAGUCCCUGCAGUCGGCAUUUUCCGGCCACUCCAGCUUCCUGGUGGAGGAUCUGAUCCGCAUCAGCCGGCCCCCCGCCUACCUGCCCCGCAGCGUGCCCACCGCCAGCAUGUCGCCGCCCAGGCAGGGGGCCCCCACGGCCCUCACCGACACGGGUGCCUCGGACCUGGGCUCCCCGGGUCCCGGCAGCCGGCGGGGCGGCUCUCCGCCAACUGCCAUCUCCCCUGCCAGCGAGCCCACGUUUCUGAAGUUUGGAGUGAACGCCAUUCUUUCCUCGGGGCCCAGAACAGAAACAUCCCCAGCCGUGCUUCACAGCGUCCCUCCCAAGACCUUCGCCUUUCCCUACUUCGAAGGGUCCUUUCAGCCUUUCAUCAGAUCUUCUUAUUUCCCAGCGUCCUCCAGCGUCGUGCCCAUCCCCGGGACCUUCUCCUGGCCGCUGGCCGCGCGCGGGAAGCCUCGGCGGGGCAUGCUGCGUCGAGCAGUCUUCUCGGACGUGCAGCGCAAGGCGCUGGAGAAGAUGUUCCAGAAGCAGAAGUACAUCAGCAAGCCCGACCGCAAGAAGUUGGCGGCCAAGUUGGGCCUGAAAGACUCGCAGGUGAAAAUCUGGUUCCAGAACCGACGCAUGAAAUGGCGGAACUCCAAGGAGCGCGAACUCCUGUCUAGCGGGGGCUGCCGCGAGCAGACCCUGCCCACCAAGCUCAAUCCGCACCCGGACCUCAGCGAUGUGGGCCAGAAGGGCCCUGGGGACGAAGAGGAGGAGGAUGAGGAGGAGGGCCGGGGCAGCCCCUGCCACCGCCUGGCCUACCACGCGUCGCCCGACCCCCCGCACCUGCGGGACCCGCGGCUACCAGGGCCGCUGCCCUUCUCGCCCGCGCCCUCGAGCAGCCCCGGGAAACCUUCAGACUUCUCAGACUCCGAGGAGGAGGAAGAGGGCGAGGAGGAGGAGGAGGAAAUCACCGUGUCCUAGAAGCCGCUCGCAGGCUCGAGUAUUGUUUCUAAGUGCUUUGAAAUUGAAGAGGUGGGGUC